AUGUCAUCAUUAUCGCAGUCACCCUCCUCUUCACCUGUGCGUGACUGUACCGCUCCUUUAUUGGACUCUGGUCUUCAGCAAAAGCUUCUUCCUCGUGCUGCUGAGUUAAAUGGUAAAAACAUUGACACUUUGGUGCUGAAGUUAAGUGAAAAUGAAACCCAAAAUACUAAUCUCAGGAGAAAAAUACUUGAAAGGGAGAAACAAGUUAAAGAACUUUCAUCCAGGCUUCAGCUUGAAAAAGUCAAUGUACAGAAAGAAGACCACCUGUCAAGAUCAGUAAAGGCAGUACAAGCUCACCUACAAUGUCAGAUUCAAAGAAAAGAAGUGGAAAAUGAUGAAUUAAAAGUGAAAAUACAGACUCUAGAAAAGAAAAUAGCAGAGUGGAAACUUCAAGUUGGUGAAUACAAGCACCAGAUGUUAGCCUUAAGGGAAACAAGUGAGCAAAAGAAGACUGCUCUGAAAAAAGCAAUCAAGUCCCAGAAACAAAGAGCUGAACGCUUUGAAGCAGCUGUGGAAAAUUUAACCUCCAGAAUAAGAGAACGUGAAGUCAAACUGUCUGAGAUACUGUCAGCUUCCGAUGUCUGGAAAAAACAGCAUGAUAGAAUGGUUGAAGGAAAUACAACGUUAGAAAUUCAAACAGAAGAUCUUAAGAAGCAGAUCACAAGCCUUUUGGAAGACCUGAAAAGAAAGGAAGAAUGCAGAAAAAACUCAGAUGAGGAAAUUCUUGGAAAGCUAAAUUCUGUUAACUCUGAAAAUGAAAAGAUUUACCUUGAAAAUGAAAAAUUAAAGGCUUCCCUUGCUACAUUGGAAACCAGUAUUGUUUCUGUUGAAAAUGAACUGCUAAAUCUGCAAGAAAAGGCAAAGCUGCAGGAAAACCUUGUUGAACAGUAUAAAAAUCAGGUACGAAAAUUACAAACAGCAGUAGAAGAAUUGAAAUCCAGAUGUGAAACAGUCUUAAAUGAAAACAAAAGAAUAACAGAAAACAAAUGCUCAGAAGUAGAUAAGGUGAGGGACAAAACAAAGUCUGAUUUAAAGAAGUUAGAACAUGUUGGUGACUUGCCGAAAGCAGCUGAGGAAAAGCAGCAAGGGUAUCAGGAAAAGCUUAUGUCCUGGGAAAGGAUCCAUGCACAGAAAUGCAAAACCCUUAGGGAGUUGCAGGUUCAGGAGGAAGACAGUGUAACUUUUGUGGGCAGUCAUUCCUUAGCAGAAGAAAACCAUAACAUUCGGAAGAAAUAUGAAGACCUCAAAAGGCAAUUAGAAAAGAUGGAAUUUCAAAAUGAAGAACUUGCUUGUCAGCUCAAAAAAGAAGAUGAGAGUCUUCAGUGCAGUAAAUUGCAGCUUGAGGAGAAAAUCGCAGAAUAUAAUGGAUUAACCAGACAACUGGAAUCUGCUGUGGAAGAAGGGAGAAAAAUGGUAGCUAAAGAACUGAAAAAAAUGUCAUACAAAGAACAAGCCCUCCAGGAAAAAAUGCUAGUUCUUGAAACUGAAGUGAGAGAGAGGCAAGAAGAAAAAAAACAACUCCUCUGCCUAUUUCACCAUAAUGAAAGGCACCAUGAAGUACAUUUGAAAGAGCUGGAGAACAGCCUACAGAAGUCAGAGAACAAGAACCAGAGCAUCCAGAAUUAUGUGCGGUUUUUGAAAGCUUCAUACGUAACAAUGUUUGGCUGA